AAUAAUAUUAUAGCGCUCUGUUGUUCAGUGUGUUCACUGGAAUGCAUCAUCUGUUGUCUGUCAGCCCCUUGGUGAUGCAUUACCGUCCAUUUCCAUCUCAUGUUAUUUUCCUGUGGACCUACAUUGAUCACGUCUUGCAUCUUCACCUUUUUAUAGCUCGCAGUUUUUCUGAUUCAUAAAAUAUUAAAAUGGUCUAUUUUUUUAUUUUCCUCGUGGACGUCAGUUGUCCAGUUCUGUUUCCCUUCUUUCAUCAUGUUUUUGUUUUUAAAUGGGGAGGUGGAAAACAAGUGCUGUAAAUGUCAUCAUUCAUCUGCUUCCCAAACAAAUUAGCAAAGCCUAGCGCUCCAGGAGUCCGCAGUGAGUUUGCGUUUGCGGGUGACGGAUCAAAUCCUGGCGUAGAUGGAGCCGCUGGGGCUGGUGUUGGCGUUGACUUCUCUGGAACUUCCUGCUCCUUGGACCUAGGAAAUGAGGCGGUGGGGGAGUGUGGGAAGAGGCUAAGUGAGUCUUUAUGGGCCUCUGAAGACCUCAGCUGCGGGGCGGAGAUUAGACGGGAUGAGAGCCCUGAGCGGACCGGAGCUGUGGAUUCUCAGCGGGCGAUCAGCCUCGAUGCCUCCGAGUGCCUGGCUGAAAUGACCAAUCUGUCUGGGAUGUCUUUGGUUCGCAGCGCGGCUUUGGAAGACCUGACGUCCAUCGGACACAGAGGCUUGCGGGUCAACCAGGGAGAGGAGGAGCCGGUCUCCGAACAAGAUGGAGCAGCUUCAAAGUCCCAAAACAUCCCCCGAGAAACACAACACGCCCAAACUCUGUCACACUCUGACUCUCGUUCAGAAGAUCUUUGCAGCAGUAGGAACAUUUCCGAGAAAGAUAGCCUUGUAACCAAAAUGCCAUCUGACACGGCAACUGAAAACGGCAGCAGUGACUCAGCGUCACACAGAGCCGGCUAUUCAAAGCCUGACAUUUCUAAUGACUCAGACAUGAGGAGCAUGAGCGUGGCGCAGACCGCCGGUACAGCUGAGCUCCAGAAAACUCCCCCCCAAAGCUCUCCUGCCAGAAAAUCUUUGGUUCCGGUCGCUAUUUUCAAAGCUCAAGCAAAGAUGGAUAACGGCUCUGCAGAUAAGACCAAACCACCCUCUUCCCUUAAACGACCAUCCAUGGUCGACAGGGGCAACAAAACACAUGCUUCCUCCCGAAACGGCCCCAGCUCCAUCCCCGUUAAAGCCAGCAGCACGGGGCCCGGAAGUCUGGGUGGUGCAAAGUCUCAAUCUCCAGCAGCCAAAUCUUCUGCCAGAACUGCAGCUCAUGCAGCUAGUGCCAAGAAACCUCCCACUCCAAAAAAUGGAAAAGAUGGGAGUGGACAGAGCAGCCCUGGCACUCCGAAAUCUCCCGCUAGCCAAGCGAAGGCUGCGGCCGAGGCCAACAAAGUGAAGAAGAUCGCGGUGGUGCGUUCCACGCCCAAAUCCCCGGGCUCGCUAAAGAGCCGCCCGCCGGCCCCUCUGGCUGCAGCGGCGCCCAUGCCGGACCUGAAGAACGUCAGGUCCAAGAUCGGCUCCACAGACAACCUGAAGCACCAGCCGGGAGGCGGAAAGGUCCAAAUCCUGGAUAAGAAGGUGGACUUUGCUAACGUCCAAGCUCGUUGUGGAUCUAAAGACAACAUAAAGCACACGCCCGGCGGAGGCAAGGUACAAAUUCUUGAAAAGAAGCUGGACUUAAGCAAUGUGCAGUCCCGAUGUGGCUCCAAAGAUAAUAUAAAACAUGUACCGGGUGGUGGAAAUGUUCAGAUUGUGCACAAAAAGAUCGAUCUGACCAACGUUCAAUCGAAAUGUGGAUCGAAAGUCAACAUUCGUCACAAGCCAGGUGGUGGAAACAUCGAGAUAAAAAAUGAGAAGCUGGAGUUCAAAGUUCAGUCUAAGAUCGGCUCUCUGGACAACAUCGGCCACGUCCCCGGAGGGGGACAGAGAAGGAGGGAGAAGGGGAAGGAAGCAGAAGGGAGUACCUCAGACAGCCCCUCAAUCCCCUCCCCCGCUGUCACCCCCCCUCAGUCACCUCAGACUGUCCCUUCAGCACCCAUCACACCCAUCUUGACGAACCCCCUCAUAAAGAUUGAGGACUCCAAUUGAGAGCCACAAACUAAACUUCCGUGAGGUGGCCAAGGCCCGCACUGACCACGGCGCUGAGAUCAUCUCUUUGGAAGACUCCCCCCACCAGCUCAGCACCGUGUCCUCCUCCGGCAGCAUCAACAUGGCCGACUCUCCGCAGCUCUCCACACUGGCUGACCAGGUGUCCGCCUCUCUGGCCAAACAAGGCUUGUGAAUGCACCCCCCACAUCCACUUCCUCCACUUCCUCCACCUCAACCACACGACCACGUAGAGGAGUUGUAAUGCCUUCCUCGUUAUUGGCACAGGACUUUUUUAGCUACCCGUCACUGUUUAUCCUUCACUAACCUUUGAAACUGUUCUUGAGGCAUUACUUGUAGACAGAAAAGAAAAUACAGAUAAGGCCAACAUGUAUGCCAUUUCUCUCUGUGGGUCUCUUUAUUUGCUAUUUCUACCUUUUGUAAGUCUCCCUUUAAGAGUUAAAGCACCCAAGCAGAGCAUAACUCUCCCUGUGAAUCUGAGGAUCUUAUCUUCAUACAUAUCCUGGUGAAUCUGACGUCAUUUAACACUUGGUUUCCUGUCACAUUGACUGUAAACCCUUUAGAAAGUUAUGUUUUUAAUGUACAAGUCCCCUUUGACGGGUCUCCCCUUAUAUUUCUUUUGAUAAAACUUGGAAGAAAUGGAGGCAGACUGCUGGGGUCCAGCUUGUGCUAAAGCAGAAGGAACAGUUAACAGGGUAUGGUGAGGGGUGUCGGAGCAAAACUGUUUAAAAAGAAAUGGCAGAAAAAAAAAAUGCUUUCAGACCUCAGAGUGCUGUCUUUGCUUUGUGUAGUCCCAACACGACAGGGGUGUAACAUGGAUGAAAAAAAAAGAAUUAAAAAAAAACGGAACGGCUAGAGUAGAAACCUUUGGUUUGUGUUGGGCACAGUUUUAUAAUCGUAUUCUGUGGAUAUAUGACAUGUAUUUGAUAUGAAGAAACAUUUGUAUUGUGCCUGCUACUGUCAGUGUUAUUUUACUUUUUGUUACUGCUCUGUUGUAAAUGCGCUAAAGCUUGAAGAGGAAACCUUAAGGCAUUUCAAGUGUAACUUUCAUGGCCAAAUUAUUAAAGGCACAGUUCAGAUGUUUUGAAGUGUGGUUAUAUGAGCUACUUCUCCAGAGUCAGUGUUAGCUACAGUAGACGGCGGUCGACACGCCCCCAGUUUAGAGAAGCAGACAGGAGUACCGACGCAGAAGCUAUAAAAAUUAAUAUCAGUUUAAGUGUGCGCUAUAUUUAGAAUAUUUUAACCGCUUUAUCUGCCUAACAGAUGGAGGCAGCGGUAGAGCAGCAACUCCCGUGUCUGGUGGCUUUGGAGAGAUAAAACAGAGAUAACGGCUUCAGUUCCCCAUCGUAAAGGGCUGUCUGACAGCAAGGUAAAGCGCUGAAAAUAUUCUAAAUAUAGCAUACACUUAAACUGACAUUGUAGGUAAUACUCUGUGGAUAAGUAGCUCAUACAACCCCACUUCAAAAUAUCUGAACUAUGCCUUUAAGAGGACUAGUCAGUCAUUGAUUACAGUAUUUAAACUGCUAUAUGCACAUAAAAGGUAGGUAGAAUAAUGUUCAUCACAGUUAUUGGAAAGUAUUCUUAAAGCGAGACUACGUAACGUCUGCUAAAAUGAAAAUGAUCAGUGCUAAAUGUUAAGCUAUUUAUAAUUUAGCUAAAAUGCUAAGCUAUUUAUAAUUUAGCUAAAAUGCUAAGCUAGUGUAACAGUAGCACGAGUGCAGAGGAGUCAUAAAGUCAGCAAGCUGCUAACAUUAGCCACCAUAAGCUGCGGGUCAUACCAGUGUGAAGGUGCUGUUUAUAAAUUUGACUUUUCUGAUUUAUUAGUUCCUCUCUCAAGCGUUACAUGGUCUCACUUUAACGGUUUACAA